AUGUCGACCAACGCACAGACCCACGACCCCACGGCGCAGAAUGCCGCCAAGAACGCCUCGUCGGCGGGCCUGACGACGCAGGACAAGAUCGACGGCCUGCUCGAGAUCACCAAAAAGGUGGGCACGGCCAUGCUGACGACGCGCGCGCCCAGCGGCCAGCUGGCGUCGCGCGCCAUGGCGCCCUCGACGACCGAGGGACUCGUGUUCAGCUUCUUUUUCAACACCGACUCGGGCAAGACGGACGACAUCCAGUCCGAGCCCCAGGUCAACGUGUCCUACUACGACCCCAAGACGACCGACUGGGUCAGCAUCUCGGGCCGCGCCCAGAUCAACCGCGACCAGUCCAAGAUCAAGAAGCACUGGAGCUCCAGCCUCAAGGCCUGGUUCGACGACAAGAAGGACGGAAAGCACACGGGCGACCACGACGACCCGCGCGUCGUCCUCCUCGACGUCGUCCCCGAGGAGAUCCGCUACUUCAAGGCCGACGGCAAGGUCAAGGCGCUCGCCGAGACGGCCAAGGCUGCCAUCAGCGGCCAUGCCGCCAGCCCCGGCAAGCUCGUCAUCCUCACCUCGGACGAGAUCCAGCUGGCCGGCCGCGUCCACAAGGCCUGA